AUGCUCACGAGCCAGGUUGCAUCCCUAGCGCACGCGCAGUGGGCGGAUUUGCUCUACCCGAAUGCAACGUCGUCGCUCAACGUCUCGUCGUCGACAAUUGAGAAGCAGCCGUCGGCGACCAAGCCCCUUGCGACACCCGUCAGCACCAAGACGGCAACUCCUUUGGCGACGCCGUCGCCACUCUCCUAA